CAGGAAAUAUGUGUAUCAGGAAGUUGAGUGUUUGGAGAUUUGUUGUGUCGCCCAAAAUUACUGCUGUGUUUAUUAAAGUUUAACUCGGUGAAAGCCCGGACUCACACGGUAAGCCUACCGUUCAAAGACAGUCGGGGGUGAAAGCGUGUGAACGUUCCGUGUGAAGUCUAAGGUGAGGAGGCCAUGAAUCGAGUCCCCCUCCAGCAGCCGCAGAGCUGUGGGCCCUGGGAGCUGAAGGAGCGGCUCGGCACCGGGGGCUUUGGAAAUGUCACAAGAUGGCAAAACAAGGACACAGAGGAGCAGAUUGCUAUAAAACAGUGUCGCCAGGAGCUGAGCCAGAGAAACAAGGAGAGAUGGUGCCUGGAGAUCCAAAUCAUGAAGAGGUUGGAUCAUGUCAAUGUGGUUGCUGCCCGAGAAGUUCCUGAAGGAAUGCAGAAACUGGUGGCCACCAAUGAUCUGCCAUUGCUGGCCAUGGAGUACUGUCAGGGUGGAGAUCUGAGGAAGUAUCUGAACCUCUUGGAGAACUGCUGUGGAAUGAGGGAGGGGUCCAUUUUGAUUCUGCUACGUGAUAUUUCUUCGGCUCUAACCUACCUCCAUAAGAAGAGGAUCAUUCACAGGGAUUUGAAACCAGAAAACAUUGUACUGCAGCAGGGAGAGAAGAGAUUGAUCCAUAAGAUUAUAGAUCUUGGCUAUGCUAAAGAGUUGGACCAGAGCAGUCUUUGCACAUCAUUUGUGGGAACCCUGCAGUACUUAGCUCCAGAGCUCAUAGAGAGGCAGAGGUACACAGUCACUGUGGACUACUGGAGCUUCGGGACUUUGGUGUUUGAGUGUAUCACAGGAUUUCGGCCUUUCCUGCCAACAUGGCAACCUGUUCCCUGGCAUAACAAACUCAGGCUGAAGCAGGAUGAUGAUAUUGUUGUCUAUGAGGACCUCACUGGGGAGGUCCGCUUCUCCAAACAUAUCCCCCAGCCCAACAGCUUAAACAGUCUGUUAUUAGAGAAGAUGGAGAAGUGGCUGCGGCUGAUGUUAAAGUGGUCUCCUCAGGAGAGAGGGAAAGACCCCAGUGCUACCCCCAGCGACUGCUUUUCCCAGCUGGAGCGCUUACUGCAGCUCAAGCUGGUUCAUGUCCUGAACAUGAUGUCUGCUAAGAUCCUGACUUACUCUGUAUCAGAUACUGAGACCGUGGCCAGCCUGCAGCUAAGAAUAGAGAAAGACACCAACAUCCCUGCAGCCAAUCAGGAGCUGCUGCUCGAAGCUGGCUUGGCCUUGGAGCCUCAAGCACUGGCCACACAGUGCGCAGUAGAUUACACAGAGGUAGAUGGACGAAGAACAGACUUGCCUCUGGUUUUCCUCUUUGAUCGUUCCUCUUGUCUUUAUGAACCUCAGUUUGCUCCUCGAACUCUGCCUGAAAAUAUCCGCUUUGUCCAAACCGACCCUAACCACGUUCUGGCUUACAGCCCUCUGAGGAGGACUUGCGGCCAAGCGUGGCACACCAUCCGCUGUCUGAAGGAAGACUGGCAAAGACUGCAGCAGGGGCAGAAAGCUGCCAUCAUGAGCCUGCUUAGACACAACUCUUCGCUGUCCAAACAGAAGAAUGAGAUGGUGUCCAUGCACCAGAGACUCAUUGCCAAACUGGAUUUUUUCACCACCAGCCUUCACAUAGACAUGGACAAAUACCAGGAGCAGACAGCCACAGGGAUUGCAUCAGACAAACUGCUGGGUGUGUGGAGAGAGAUGGAGCAAACUGCUGCCAGCUGUGGUCAGGCCAAGGUGAGUGAACUGGAGGAGGAGAUGAUGCAGCUGCAGCCAGACAUAGUGGAUGUGCAGCGGCAACCGUGGAGGAGUGGAGAGGCCUUAGAUACACUUGAAGGAAAAGCCAUGGAGCUGUUUCGAAGACUCCGAGAGAAACCGAAAGACCAGAGGUGCUCAGGAGACAGUCAGGAGGUGGUGCGUCUGGUGGUUCAGGCAGUGCAGUUCUAUGAGAGGAAGCUCAGAGAUUUCUACUCGCACCUCAGUAAGACUGCUCUGUGCCGUCAGCGUGUGAUGGAGCUGCUGCCGAAGGUGGAGGGCGUGGUCCAGAAAAUGGCAGAGAGUGAACAAGUCCUGAUGAGUCUGCAGGAGAGACGACAGAGAGAGCUGUGGAACCUGCUCAAAGUCGCCUGUAGUAAAGUUCGCAGCCCAGUGAGCGGGAGUCCAGAUGGAUUACGAACCCCGUCGUCAGUACUGACCCCUAGACACAGCUUACAACAACUUGAUGAGUCUCUUGUGGAGGAGAGCAGGACGUUUGAGAGUCGCUUUCAGAGUUUGCUGCAUGACACCAUCCAGGAAUCGGAGAGCAGCAUGGAGAUGCUGAGGGAGUGGACGUGGCUGCAUGGAGCCCAGAAUUUCUCCAGUGACCUCUCCUAAACUGUUUCCAUCUUUGCCAACAUGCAGUACUCUGCUGCCUCUGUGUGGAUGGGAUGUCAAACUACAUUGGGGGGG